AUGGCCUCCGAACAAAUCAACUCGUCCAAGAACGAGUACAGUGAAUCCGGCCCCCAACGCAGGGACGGCACUCCUCAUGCUGCUCUCGGAGCAAGCGCAACCCCUGCACCCUCCGGUUGGUUUCCUUUGGGCUACCGGGAGGGCUUCAGCCAAUGGGUAGGUUCCUCAUCGCAGCAACAAAAUGUUUAUGCUUUUGUGGCAAGGUGGGCGUCAUUACCGGCUGCCACAACCGAACACAAAGUCCUCUCCUACCUACCCUAUCUUCAGCACCAACCCCCGACACACCUCCAAACCGGAAAGACCAGCACAGUCCCCAACGGCGGAUCGGGGAGUCUUCAGUCCGCCGAUCACACUGAGGAGGGCGAUGUCACUAUCAAUUCCACCAACGAUCCGUAUGGCCCGCGACGGUGGCGCUCAAGCAUGGUGGAGCUCAGCGGCAAGAAUCGAGCUUUGAACGAGUUUUCUGUCGAGCGUGUGGGUGAGGAGGUAGACCAGCAUUUGGUCAUGGUUCACGGCUAUGGAGCCGGCCUGGGCUUCUUCUACAAGAAUUUUGAACCCCUCAGCCGAUUGAAAGGCUGGCAGCUCCACGCGCUGGACCUCCUAGGCAUGGGCCGCAGUACACGCCCACCGUUCCGCAUCAAAGCCAAGGAGCGAGAAGAGGCCAUCAAAGAAGCAGAGGCGUGGUUUGUGGACGCCUUGGAAGAAUGGCGCGUCAAGCGCAAGAUUGACCGCUUCACCCUCAUGGGCCACAGUCUGGGAGGCUACAUGGCAGUGGCCUACGCUCUCAAGUACCCAGGCCGUCUGAACAAGCUGAUUCUCGCCUCACCCGUGGGCAUUCCCGAAGACCCCUACGCAGUGAAGGCAGAAAUGCCCGAAUCCUCGACGGUGGCGAACGAGCUCACGCAGAAUCAGCGCACUAUCGCCGAAUCCGCCUCCUCGGUCGCGCCCGGGGAAAUCCAGAAGGGAGACAACAACAUCCUCCUCAGAGGUGCUCCUCCCGAUUCCCCAGACCGCCCUCCUCGCCGGUUGGUUCCGAAAUGGUUCGCCUAUCUCUGGGAUGCCAACAUCUCCCCCUUCAGCCUGGUGCGGUGGGCGGGACCCCUCGGCCCGCGCCUGGUCUCCGGGUGGACUUCUCGCCGCUUCUCGCAUCUCCCGGCAGGUGAAGCCAAGGCCUUGCACGACUACUCUUACUCGAUCUUCAGCCUCCGUGGUAGUGGUGAAUACGCCCUAUCUUACAUCCUGGCGCCCGGUGCAUUCGCCCGCAGCCCGUUGAUCCGUCGCAUUCAGGGCGUCGGCCGGCAAUACAUGGAGCAGAACCCAUCCCCCGCCUCCACCCUCCUGGACUCUACCAAGGCCGCAGCAGCAUCUGAAGCCGCUGUCCCCUCGUCCUCGUCACAAUCCCCCUCGGCCAAGCGCGAAAACGGCCUCCCCGUGGUGUUCAUGUAUGGAGACCACGACUGGAUGGACGUGAAGGGUGGCAUCGCCGCCAAAGCCAAGUUAGACGAGGAAAAGGAGCGGGCCCUCCGGAAUGCGACGCCGGAAGAGCGCGAGGCGGACAAUGGCUCUGCCAAGGUGGUGAUCAUCAAGAACUCCGGGCAUCAUGUCUACCUCGAUGGGUGGGAGGAGUUCAACCGGGUGGUCCUGGCUGAGAUGGAAGAGGUAGAACGCAAGGAGAGAGCGAAAAGAGAUUAAGCUUUUCUAGUUGUUCGUGUGUGUGAUUGCUCGACUUUGGGUGGGGUUUUCCCUGGGAGUGAAGAAGUCAUGAGGAGUUUGGAUCCAUUUGCAGCGGUGGGUGUGCUUGAUUGAUCAGAAGCGUUGUUGAUUCCAUGUUGUUUUUGUCCAUAUACUAUAACUUAUACUACACUAUACAUUGUCUAUGAUCUGAAGAUAAGGAUAAUCAUCACUUACAAUCUGAUUUGUUAUGGCGGAUUGAAG